UACAAUAAUUUGAAAUUUCGGGGCAACAUUUCGCGAGUUUUUCAUUCAAAGUUUAAAAUGUAAAACCCGAAUACCGCCCUACGCCCCGCGGGUACUCAAUCAAGAGACUAUAAAACCCCAAGGAUAUAUAUUGUUGACAAUAUGUCAAAGCAAAUAGGAGCAUGUUUUCAUCGAAUGUAGUUUAUGCGUGUGGUUUCUUCGGCGUCGACUGCAAUUCGACAAAAGUGAGAAGUGUUGAACAUUAGCCUUCAACAACGAUUUCGAAGAGCUUUUAAAAAGCCCAAGAAAAAUUGCGAUCAAGAUUCGUCUGAUAUUACGCUACGUCAAGGAAUCGAGCGAGUGUGAUUCCUGGCAGACAUGCGAUAGGUAUUAGCUGUCACCGGCGGUCAGAACGGGUUGUGCUGUAAGCGGAAACUAGACGAACACAUCGCUAAUGGCUACAUGUUUAUUUUUCAAUCUGCGACAUACAUAAGGAAUUGUAUCUGGAUAGCGAGCAAGCCAAGUGUUAUUAAAUGGUGGAACUAGAUGCUCCGGACUUUCAAUGUCUGUCGAAAACGAACAGGUUAUACCAGUCCAGGUGAGAUACAUCGAAGUUCAGAGUGCAACGGUCAAACGAAACAAGAAAAUCCCGUCGUUGCCACCUAAGACUCCGGAAGCACCAUGCCAGCAAAAUGGCCAAGCGACGAUGGUGCAAAACAAUGUCUGUCAAUCACCCGUAUCACCAGAGAGCAUCGAGGUAAUGUCACCAUGUGCUGGUAGCCCCACAAACCCGCUUACACCGAACAAGUUUCAAUUCGAUCCAAACUUGACCUACGCGGAAAAAGUGGCUCACGAGAUGAUUGUAACUGAGAAGAUAUAUUUGGAUAAUUUGAAACAAAUCAUUGACGGGUUUCUUGGCCCAGUUGCGAAUGAUUCUGAUCUUGACGUCAGUAAAGAGAGUAUCGAUGAUCUAUUCAUCAACGUCGAGGAAAUCUAUCAAUUCAAUUGGGUCCUGCUUCAAGAUAUGGAAAAGUGCAAUUUUGACCCAGUGAAGUUGGCUAAAUGUUUUGUCGUGAACGAAAUUGGUUUUGACAUAUACACGAAGUACUGCACUCACUACCCAAGGUCAAUGGAAGUUCUGUUGGAAUGGAAUCAGAGAGAGGACACAGCAAAUUUUAUUAAAAAACAACAAGAAUCGCUUGGUCACACACUUCCGUUGUGCUCCUUCCUGUUAAAACCGGUGCAAAGAAUUUUAAAGUACCAUCUUCUUCUCGGGAAUAUUGCCAAACAUUACAAACAGUCCGAAGAUGAAGGAGGCUACAAAAUCAUUCAGAAAGCGUUAUCUGCCAUGACAAAUGUCGCCAAACACAUCAAUGACAUGAAGAGAAAGCACGAGGAUGCUCUACACUUGCAGGAAAUACAAAGUGUUUUAAUGGACUACGAGGGUCCUAAUCUUACCUCAUUUGGAAGUAUUGUUCUUGAGGACACUUUCCGUAUUCAUGGAACAAAAACGGGAAGAUAUUUGCUUUUGUUUGAAAAAGCUUUACUUAUUACGAAGAGAAGAAGCGAUGGAACGUUUUCUUGGAAAGCGACAGUAAUGUAUUCCAACAUGAUGUUGGCAGACUCAGUAUUUAGAGAACCGCUGACGUUUCAAGUCAUACCGUUCGACGAUCGUAAAAUCUGCUACACUUUUGUGUCGAGAGACUUGGAUACAAAACAGGUUUGGUUGCUGGAACUUAAGAGACGUUUAUUGGACAGCUACGCCGCUGCAGUUCCAAUGAAGGCGAAACAAAUUAUUCUCGGAAACGGUAGAGAGGAAAACGAGAAAGAAAAUACUGAACCUGAAAGUGUGCGACGUUCGGCCACCAGGAGAGGCGAAAACCAGCAACGACAACUAGGCAAAGAAAACUCCAGUCAAUCAAGUAAGCUUAACAAGAACCUCGAUUCGGAUCGUCGCAAAUCCAAAGAACCAGAAGACACAUCAGAGGAAAAAACGAAAACCUCAAUUGAUGCAAUAAAAAGCCCACUGCGAAGAAAACUACGAGUUUUCAAGAAAAGGAAAAUCAAUAAGCUAUCGGGAAAGUCGUCGAAGAGAGUGAGUUGGUCAUCUGAUGAUAACAACGACGAAGCUUACAAGGAUCGGUUGACCGUAAAUAAACAGAGUGAAGAUCAGGAAAGGAAAGUAAGCGACAAUGAACCGUAUGAGGAAAAUGCUGAGGAAGAAAAAGACAUUGGUAAAAAGUAUCUCGACAAAAACGACAACGAAGUUUCGAUUUCAUCUCUUCUCCGGGAGGGUGAAACCAUGCUCUCGGUUACUGGCGAAGUUGAUAACCAUUUAUCGGGUCACGUCAAACUACGGUCCAGCCAGGAAGAUGUACGGGCAUCGAAAAAGCGUAGGCUCUCUAAAGAGAAGAGGGAAAAAUGUAAAUCGAUGCCUGUUGGACAGUUUCCCGUAAUUCUCGAAGGCUGUCCGACGCCUAAUAUCGACAAAAACGAGACGGGUUUAACUCGCACGCACAGUCUAUCUCGCUUAUACGAGAAAUUCCUAGAAAACGAGCUCAUCGAUUCCCCCACGGACAUAAAGGAGCUUCAGAAAUACGGUUUGGUAAACUUGGCAGAUAAGACGACCAAGACAAGUCGAUCAGGCUCCUACCAAGAAGAGCUUCUCUCCGAGGAAGGAGUCAUUCAUGGAAGCUGUGACGUAGUCCAGACGGAAAACCUCAUUCCUAAAACCGGAGAAAGCGUUCAACAAACUAUGAAACGCGUAAGCAUGGCCUUUUCCGAUAUUUCGCCGAAUUUUAGUCCGGAGAAGUCACCAGAAAGCAGCACGGAGGAUGUCACGUGCGACGAUGUAACUGAAGAUUUGACGACCGGGGAUUUGACCACGGAGGAUUUCACCACCGGCGAUUUGACCCCGGAUGAAUACACCGGCGGAGAUUCGACGCCGGAAGACUUGACGCCCGACGAAUACGCUGCCGGGGAUUUGAGCCCUGCUGAAUGCGGUACUGGCAGUCCAAUACCGGAUGAAUUGUUCAAUACAGGGGAUAUGCCCCUCGGGGAAUCGAAUGCCGGUGAGGCUGCACCACAAACAGCGUCUUGUGGCGAAAAUAACGGUUUUGUUACGGACAAAAAAGUGCUUUCGGGAUAUGACGAAUACAAAACAGGGAAUGGCGUCAACACGGACUGGAACCAAAAUGGGACAACUGAUGACCAAGAUACGAUGUACGACGAACAGAGUAAUCAGGAUACGUUUAGCGCCAUUUAUAGCGAACAAAGCAGCUACGUUGAUACCCUAUCGGAUAGUUCUGGCGACGAACAAGACGACGAAUCAUGGAAUAACAGCCUGGACGGAUCGUACCAACGUGUCUUCCGCCUUAAACGAUCGUACAGCGAGGAAAAUCUUAUCAGUAAAUACCCUUUCGAUGAAGCAAGUUCCGAGACAGGUGCCGAACCGGAAGUGACGUCAAAAAGUUACCCACACUUUGAUCACGCGUCCAGCACGCAUCAUACACCUGUCAUGCGCUGUAAAAGCGCAGACUACUCGAAGAGACCUCAGACACGCCCGUUUACGUUUUCCGUCACGCCGAAGAAAAAGAUCUUCAUAAAGGAUUCCCUUUGGCAGACUAUCAAGGAGGAUGCGGAGAAAAACGACCACGAAAUAUUUGUCGCAAGCGAUCACAACACGUUACGACGUCGGAGAAGGCGGAAAUCCUCGCACAAGAAAAAUAAAAAGAAUAAAAUACAUUCAGACGAAGGUCCCAAACAAGAUACGCAGCAGCAUAUCGUCCGGACAUGUGCUGUUCUGAACAUGGCCGAUUAUAGAAAUCCGAGAAAUAAAGAAAGCGAUAAAUCUAGGAACUCGGGAGACGCAAAACCCCCAAGGACGAAAACAGGGGGGGAUGGAAAAAAUAUCUUCGUGUCGGAUACCGAAGAAAAUGUGAAAAAUGGUAAGAAUAUGGAAGGAAAUGGCUUGAAUAAUGUAGCUUCUUCAUCGACGGAGACAGAAGACCGCAAUUCCGAUGGCAACGACGCUCACAAAGUUUCCAAUAACGACUCACGUGCGAAAAUAACCCUUGACUCGCGAAAAAAGACCUCCAAGGGGGAGAGGGAAAAAAGCAUGGUCCAUGUUGACGACAAUAUGUCGGAAAUACCGGCAACUAUCAACUAUUUAUGCAUCGAGGCGUUCCCUCCCGACCAUUCGGCGAGUGCCGACGAAGCGCCGGAGACAGGCACACGUGAUGUGAAACGAACCAAUGGGAACACCGCAUCGAGCGUAUCGAAAGUCGAGAGAUUAUCAAAGUACUUCAGCGAAGUUAACGUUGAGAAGGACACUGGAAAAUACGUGAACAAACAAGCGGAUAUUUUGCGUAAAGGUUCAAGCAGUAUUAAGAAACGAGUAGAGGAGCUCACAAGACGUGAAAGUGAAUUUCAAAGGAAAAACUCCGAGGAGAAGUUGUUCCUCGGCAACGAAUUACAUUCGCUGCAAAAUAUCCACGAUAGAAUUGGCGUGUUGAAGCUUUCGACGUCGGAGGAAAAUCAACCAAGUAGUAAAUCAAGAAUUGAACUAACCAGCUCGCUGAACCACGACAAGCCCAAUGUGCAACAGCUUCGAGACAAAAUUCAGGACAUCGAUUCGAAUCCAGCGCAGAAUUCAAGUGAAAACGCAAACGGUAAAAGGGCCUCCACGUCGCUACGUAUCCGCGAUCGAAUUCAGGAGCUCGGGCAAAACCCCGAUAAGCCAAAAGCGGACAAAAAUGUCGACGACGAUUUACGGACAUGCAAGCGACUAAAGGAGCGUAUUGAACGGCUUCAAAAGGGCGCGAGACGAGACUCGGUCGACAACGAACGGGACAUUACGAUCAGUGACGAUAAAGAAAUGAGCUAUUCACCUCGACAGAACGAAGAGCUACGAACAGUCGUAAUAAAGCGAGGCUGGGUACAGCAAUUUAUACAAAGAAUCGAGACAGGUUCGUAGUAUUUACGGUCUAGAAUGUACGAGUAUCUAAAAUUUCUAUAAUAUUCAAAAUUAACUACCCUGUACACAGACGUAGUUUAUUGUACUGACUAAUAUACAAUCUGUGCACAGGCUAAAAUUUUCAUCAAAAUAAAUAUAACAUAACAUAAAGUAUCGAUCCUCUAGCGUGUUUAUUCCAUUCAGGGGGGGGGGUGCUCUAAACUCUGCGUGAGCCGUUGAGCGUAGGCAGAAAAGCCUGCCUUGAACGCCACCAGGGCGCCAACGAACUCAAUAAACACUGGAACGACAACUGCCCAGUUGAAAGCUUAAAGAACGAUUGAAUUAUUGGCAACGGUAAUGGACGAC